AUGAUGCAUCUAAUGAAAAUCUACAGCAAAAUAGCAGCAAUAAUAACCGACAGGGCAUAAAGAUUACAGAUGGGAAUAACCAUGUACUACAUGUAAUUGCACCUGACACUUGGAACAACAUUCCUAUUUCAACAGAGAAAGAAAGACUAAGCCUCAUUUAUGAGGUUGGAGAAGGAUUUUAACAGGAAAGAAGACAACUUGAACAUGGCAAUCGAUAGAACUGAGAAAAUGUUAUCUUCUCAGUUUAUGAAAUAAUUUUAGGACAUCGAGUAAACAUUAAUGUCCUUUAAGGAGAGAGUUGAAUUUGUUCACGAGAGUGCAGGCAACAUGCUUGAGCAAAUGAACUUCAAACUUAAGAAGGUUGAUGAAACAGAAAAAGUCAAGGCUUGGUGUAGUAUGUAAAUGGAAGAAUUACUGGUACAAUUGAGAUACGACUUAAAAAAGCAAAACCAAGAUAACUACGAUGAUUUUAUGAAAUUCAAAAGCCUAUUCAACUUGCCUGGAAUUGUAGGAUAAACAAAUAAAUUCACUAACAUAAGGGAGUUUUUAUUAGAUCAAAUGCAGUCAAUAAAGCAAAAUCAUAUUGACUUGACAAAGUUGAUUGUGGAACUUGAGUAGAACAGUAUAACUCCAAUUGAAUCAAAAUUAAUGUCACUUAAUCACCAAUUUGAUUAGUAUAUUUAGGAAUAAAAUGAUAGACAAAAGCAUACUUUAGACACUCUUUAGCAAGAAGUUAAUUAUGUAAUGAGUUUAAUCAGAGAGCAAAACAAGCAAAAUGAUUCUUUGAGACUCGAUAUUGAUGAAAAGUUUGGAAAUAUUCAAGAUAAAUUUGAAAAUGGAAUGGAAGUAGUACACGCGGACCUUCGAGUUAAGGACUAAUUCUAUAAAGAUAUACAAAAAGAACUUAACAAGGCUAGAAAUGAAAAUCAGGAUAACAAGUAAAGCCUUGACAAUGCUAUAAAAGAGAUAAAUAUCAUGAGACAUUAAGCUUUGAAAUAGGUUGAUACAACUGCCAAUAAGCCAGGUUCAUCAGCUGGUAUCAAAAAGCCUAAUAGACUUGGACCAAGCAUGACAAGAGAGAUAGAUAAUCAUGAAAAUCCAAAUUUAGUCAAAAGAGUAGCAGAAAUCGAAAAAAUUUUGGAUAGCGCAAGAAGUGGUAAUUCUAAUAAUGACAACUAAAAUACUAUGAGCUUUUCAAAAAAUAAUUAUGACAUUCCAGUAACAAGUCUCUCUAAUAAAGCAAAUGAUCCAACUAAAAGAUUAGAAUUGAUGGAUAAGCAAAUAAAGACUUUAAUUAAAAAAUUUGAGGUUUUCAGUCGAGAACUUAGGAGUAAUACGGCAAUUAUCAAUAAAUUGAAAGCAACUACUUUUAGAAAUUCUAACAAUUCAAAUACAAUAGAAUUUGAUGAAUCACCUAACUAAUCUGAUAGAGAAUCGCUCAGAUCAAAUCGUAAUCUCAGAGUUAAUAUUGAGAAACAUCUCAAGGCUGAUUCAUCUAAAAAUAGAUUGAGUUAAGGUAGUUUCUAUAAAGAACCUAAUUCAGGAGCAGCUUAUGGUGAUACCACGCCUAAAGGUCUUAAGAUUGGUACAAGAUUCCUCUAAGAUUAAGAUGAUGAAAAUGACUUUUUUGACAUAAAUAAUGCCAGUACACCUAAGGAUGUACUGCCUGCUUUAACACCAAGAGCUAGUAAAUUUCAGAGGAACAGUCUAAAAGUAGAAUCUAAGGUCGAAGAUAAGAAUUUAUCAUGGCAAGACUCAAAUACUUAAAAUCUCAUUCGACUCUAAAAAAUGAUAGAAGACAAAAAGACACAGGAAGAAGCCAUGAAUCCUCCUGAUGAAAAUCCCAUUGAUAAGCCUUAAACUAGGAUCUUAGAAGAGCUAAAAGUUAAGCAAAAUGACCUUAAUAAAGUCUAGAAAAGAAUUUCAUUGCAUAAUGCAUUAGGCACUAAAGAAGAUAAUCCAUUAAAGUUGGCAUUAGAAUAGAUACCCAAAAAUACUUCAACGACUAGACCUCUAAAUUAAAAGAGAUAGUCAGCUGAUAAUACUAAAGCAACAUCAAUAGCUGAUAGCAAUUCUAAUAGAAUGCAAUUAAAUGGUAGACUCACAUAAACUCUUGGAGAAGGAAAAACCAGAGAUCACAGACUCUCAUAAACAGUUGCUUAAAGUCCUAAAGAGAAAGAUGCUUUGAAUACAACAACAGCAAAUGAAACAAGUUUAGCUUAUGGUAAGCCUAAUGAAAGGAUAACUUUGAAGAAUUAGAUAUAAAGACCGUAAAAGAUGAACUAAAGCAACGAUUAGUCUUUUACCAACAGCAUACAAAAUUAAUCUCAAAUCAAACCUCUCUAUAUAAUAAAGGAGCAAAGCUUAGAACAAGUGAUAGGUGGAGGAUAAAGUGCAAGUGGAGUUGGCGGAACAAACGAAUUUCUACCCUAAAUUUCAAACUCGAACAGAUAGCCGAUUCCUUAAGAAGAACUUAAGAAAAUCUAGAACUCUAUUGCUAGCAACAAAUCUAUUUAAGAAAGAAGGAGACUUACUAAUCAUAUUACUUCUUUGAGCAAUGUUGGAGUGUUGAUGCAAUAAUAACUAUUCGGUUAGGAGAAUACUCAGUAGCAGAUUUAUAAUGAAUAUCAAAGCAGCCAAGGAGCAGGCCAGUUUUCAACAAAAAAUUCAAGAUAAGGUACUGCUGACUUUUAAGGAAGAAAGAAGGAGCUGAUGAUCCCCUUAGAAGUUAAGUUUGAAAAAUUGGACACUUCAAAUGGGGCCAAUUCCCUAUUAUGA